CACGUAGGCCAUCGAAAUAAUUCGCGCGUGUUUAUAACUUUGUAAUAUUCUAAAAAUAUAACCUUCGUUUAAAUUAUAAAUAAAAAAUAAUGUGCAAUUAAAAUGGAUGAUUUAGAAGUUGAUCCUAAUGUUAUUGUGGUACGUGCUAAGCCCGAGGGUCAAAGAAAAACUUUUAAACCAAAUAUUCGUGCAAUAAAUAAAAUUCCUGAUGAACUGUUGAAUGAUCCACUAUUAAACCGGGCAUGUGAAACAUUACCUCAGAAUUAUAACUUCGAAAUUCAUAAGACAAUAUGGAGGAUAAGGUCUUUAAACGCGAGAAGAGUGGCUUUACAAUUACCAGAAGGCUUAACAAUGUUUGCCACAACUUUAUGUGAUAUAAUCGAGACAUUCACUGAAGCAGAUACUGUGAUAAUGGGAGAUGUGACAUAUGGAGCUUGCUGUAUAGAUGAUUUCACAGCGGUUGCGCUUGGUGUCGACCUCCUUGUACAUUACGGUCACUCUUGCCUUAUACCAAUAGAUCAAACUAGUGAUAUAAAGGUGCUGUAUAUAUUUGUAGAUAUAAAAAUAGACCCGUCACACUUUAUAGACACAAUUAAAAUGAAUUUUCCUAAACGGACACAUCUAGCUAUAGUUAGUACAAUUCAAUUUGUUACAACAUUACAUUCUGUAGCUAAAACCCUGCGUAGUGAAGAAUAUAUUGUCACAGUGCCUCAAUGUAAGCCUUUAUCGCCUGGAGAAAUCCUUGGUUGUACAGCCCCUAAGCUCAAUUCAGAUAACAUCAUUUAUUUGGGGGAUGGAAGAUUCCAUUUAGAAUCUAUAAUGAUAGCCAAUCCAAAUAUUCCUGCUUUCAAAUAUGAUCCAUAUGAUAAGAAAUUUACAUCUGAAACCUAUGAUCAUGAACUAAUGAAAGAAAAUAGAAUAAAUCAAGUAAGAAUUGCAGAAAAAGCUAGUGAAUUUGGCCUCAUUCUAGGCACAUUAGGCAGGCAAGGAAGUACAAAAGUUUUAGGUAAUCUCGAGAAACAAAUUCAGAAUUCUGGAAAGAAAUAUGUAAAAAUAUUAUUAUCAGAGAUCUUUCCUAGCAAGUUAGCACUAUUUUCUCUGGGUGCAUUUGUCCAAGUUGCAUGUCCAAGGUUAUCUAUUGACUGGGGUACAGCAUUUCCGAAGCCUCUACUUACACCAUAUGAGUUUUCUGUGUCACUUGGAAAUAGUAAAUGGUUGAAAGAUGAUGGGACAUAUCCUAUGGAUUUUUACUCAAAUGAAAGCUUAGGACCAUGGACUCCUAACUUUAAGCCUAUUUUAUGUUCCGGUACAGACAAAAAGUGUGAAAAUUGUUGUGAAGGUAAAGGUAAAGAGAAAAAGUGACUUACCGGUGCACCCUGAGCUGAGACUGCAGCAGUUUGUCUUGCUUGUCCAAAAACUUGUGAGUCCAUGAACUUAGAUGGAAAAGUUUCUGCUAAGUUUUGAAUUGGUACAUUCCUUGUGUCACGCCUGCAAGAUUAUUUUAGAUGAAAAAUUCUACCAGAUAUAUAUGGACUAAAUAAAUGGUCUCUUAGCAUCACUUAAUGACAACAAUUACAAAGAUUCUAUGAGUUUAGUUGUCAAAUUGAUAAAUUAGUAAUUUAAUAAAAAAAUUUACAAAACUCUGGCUAAUCUGUUAUUCAAUUUAAUUUUUUUUUUAUCAACAACAAUGUACAAAAUCUUUAAUAAUUUAGAAAUAUAAUGUACUUAUGUACUGACCUGUGCAUUAGGGCUACCGAAUAACAGUAGUUAAACAGCUGAGGGUUAAGAUUUACCCUUGUGAAUACACAUGUUGACAAGAACUGCUGGAGUUCAUUUUCCGGAAUUCCUAAUAAACAAAUAUAAGUUGGCUUAAUUAUUUUUACAAUUAAUUUAUUAAUCUAACUAAUUGCUUUUAAUUUUUUAUGUAAAUAUUGGAAAAUAUAUUUAUAAUGCCUGCUUGUACUGCAAGCUUAUUGUA